GUCGGGAUGGCAAUAAUUUGAUUCACGAAAUAUAGGACCACACAUUUUAAAUUUCUAUAAUAUGAGUAAUUACUAAUUAGUACUUGAUGGAGUAUAUGGCCCAGGAACUCCCGGUCCACAGACUCCUACUACUCUAUCACAGGCCCAACAAGCCCAAGAAGCUCAGGAGGCCCAAAACGCAGCGGCACAAGCUCAAGGGAGCCCGAACUGCGCCUAAGGUAGCCUUCGGCAAUAUGGCCGAAGGAUCCAAAUUACGCAGGGCAGCCGAAUUCGGGGAUGCAAAACUACUGGGAGAAAAUGGCAGAAAACAGAAGCCUUCGGCACUGUUGAGCCCUCGGCAUCAGAGAAGCAUUCGGCUGAACAGAGCCUUCGGCCACACGAAGCCCUCGGCUGCAUAAAGAGCCUUCGGCUAAACAGACUCAAUCGUCGAAGAUUCCCUUUGGAGACAGCCAACCACCGCAUUUAAUGCGACGUCACAUCCACCCACCGCAUUUAAUGCGGUGAACGUGCGAUUGCCGGUGCCACCCCGAUUGAGGUGACCCCUCGACCGUUAGAUUAUCGCCACGUGUACUCUCAUCGCAUUUAUUGCUACUAUAAAUAGCACCUCCUUUCCCCAUUGUAAAGCACCAGAACAUCUCGAGUUCAUAAAUAUAAUCGCCUCUCUCUCCUACUUGUUUGCUCUGAUUUCUCUUUAGGUUAUUCCCGCAGUAACCCUUCGGAUAAGCUAUCCCGGGUACACUGUCCAUCAGUACCCUGUCAAUUUUAUCCUUGACAUAUUUCAAUAUUAAAAAGAUGUUUUUAUUAAAAAUCAUAUUGGAAAAUGAUGGCAUCUUUUGUUGUGGCCUCCUUGGGGAAAGAUGCUAACAUUUUUGUCAGAAUGUCAACUUGAAACAAUAAUAUAUACUACCUCCGUCCCAAAAAGAGUUGCAAAUCUGACUUUUCUUAGUCAAACAGUCUCGCUGUGUUCAUUUAAUUAGGAUGUCAUUUUUUAAUCAUAUUCUAAUUUGGAGUUUAAAACUUUGAAGAGAUUUUAAUGUAGUUUUUGAAUAUGUAAAUUUUAAUUAUUAAAAAUUGAAUUAAUUAUCCAUACGGAGGGUUGACUUUUAUUAUUGGUUGACCAAAAAUUGUUGACUUUGCAAAACAAAUUGGGACGGAGGAAGUACUACGUAAGUACGUAUCAUCUUAAUGACAUACUCCGUAUUAUUCAAAGUAAAAUAUGACAUUUUUGAAGAGUAAUAAUGUCACUUUGAUGGCGUAAAAUUUGGCAUUUCUUAAACAAACAAAGAAGAAACUAAGCAUCUCGAGUUUUUCAAUAGGGACCUGCAAUGAAACAAAAGAGGGGGGAAGCGAGAGAACCAGAGAGGAGGAGGAGGAGGAGAAGGAGGAGCUACUUUACUCCAACCACCAUAUCUGAUCUAGACUCGCUUCUCGUCGAUGCUCCCUCAACGCUCACUGCUUACAGCUCACCGCCAUCGCGGAAAUGAUGGGGGAAGAAGAAAGUAUUGCCACCAUAAGCCACUCGCAACACCUCGUAGCUCGUAAGAGAUGAUGAGCGCAUCAGAAAAGAUGAUGAGCGGAUAAGAAGGUGGUGAGUGGAUCGGAGAAAAUGAUGAGUGGAGAAGAUUAUGAGCUAGCCAUGCUUGUGACUAUACACGAUUGGGAAAAAAUACGGAGUAGCAGGGUAAAUUUGGAACAAUAAUCCUUUUUUGAAAAUAAAAAUAUAGUUCUGUUUGGGAAUGGAAACAACAUUUUACUGGUAAUUUUCCUAAUUUUAUUAACAAAAAUCAUACUCCGAUCCGUAUUAUUUUUACUUUAACUUUGGGAAUCUAACCAUGGGUCUUAGGUAGUUGCACAACAAUAAUAGGGGAAUUCCCAAGAAUACGGGACUUUUGCAAAUGUCAUGCAAAAACACGGGAGUGUGUUUUCUUGUAUGAAAACACGGGAGUUUUGUAAAUCCCAUUUCCAAGGGUACGUAGCCUGCUACAUGGUGAGAGAAAUAAGUGGACCCAUAUAAAUAAUAAACAUCAAUUUUCCUUAAAUUGUUGUAACUUUUGUAUUUAUAUUCCAACUUUUAUAAAAAAUAUAUUAAAAUUCAUAACUUUUUACGAGCUUCCAUAUGAC